AUGGGGAGAGCUCCAUGCUGUGAGAAAACGGCAGUGAAGAGAGGUGCAUGGAGCAAAGAAGAAGACCAAAUCCUCAUCAACCACAUAAAUAAAUAUGGCCAUGGAAAUUGGAGAAAUAUUCCUAAGAAUGCUGGUAUUUUGAGGUGCGGGAAGAGUUGCAGGCUUCGCUGGGUGAAUUAUCUCCGUCCGGACAUUAAACGGGGACACUUUACAAGUGAAGAAGAGUUUCUCAUUGUUAAGUUGCAUAAGAUUUUUGGGAACAGAUGGGCCUUAAUAGCUGCAAAGUUGCCGGGAAGGACGGACAACGAGAUUAAGAACAUAUGGCACACUCGUCUGAAGAAGAGAUUGCACGAGUUCGAUAUUCCAGCCGAUAAUCAGGUCGCCGGCGACACCCUCAAAAACGACAGCGCCACCAAUUUUGAGGGCGCGGCGCCGUCGCCGCCGGCGGAGGACAAUGAUCCUGCCACCAAUAAUAUUCUUCCACCACAUUCAAAAUCCUCAAGUGGUGCUGCCGGAGCUGCUGCGGCGGCCCCAAACAAUCCCUCCGACGGCGGCUCAGCCGGAGAUGAUGAUCAGUUUUGGACACAAAUAAACGACAAAUCUGGGUUUGAAUUUAACGGCGCCGACUUUAAUGUCGGUGGGGUUGAUCCAGGCAGUCUGCAGUUUUGGCAAGACCACCUUUUAACCUGGAAUGAUGAUGAGUUUCUGGAUCUUUGGAAUUAA